ACAAGUGCAUGGAACAUCGGAAACCUCCUGGAAAUGCUAAAUUUGCCCUGAGAUGUCCCGAAGUCCGGCAUAUUUCUCUGGGCAGCCUAGAGGCUCAGGAGCCCAGCCCAGCCCAGCCCAGCCCACCGUGCCCUCUCAGCCAGCCCUUCUUUGCCUUCAGCCGCCCUCCCUCUUCCUGAGUAGUGGCCCUUUGCAGGCCUGCGUCCCAGCCCCGCCCCUCUCUCUGGACGCAUCUCUGGGCCCCAUCAUCACCCGGCGCCGGUCCCUCCCUCUGCCCCCCCUUUCUCCUCCCUCCUUCCUUCCCUCCCUUCCUCCCUCUCUCCCUCCCUCCCAGCUCCUGCACCAGGAAACGGCCCGGAUCCCGGCAGCGGCCUGACCCGUGAGAUCCCUAACCUGGCAGGCGGGCGGGGUUGGAGACUGGCUGAGGUGGGGGGCUCCACGCUGGCCGGGAGGAUGAAAGGCCCCAGCUGGGGGCUCCUUGCCACCAGUGCUGUGUCUUAAGAGCUGCCAUCCCGGCUGGCCGCCCGGAUGGCGACCCCAGCCUCGGCCCCAGACACACGGGCUCUGGUGGCAGACUUUGUAGGUUAUAAGCUGAGGCAGAAGGGUUAUGUCUGUGGAGCUGGCCCCGGGGAGGGCCCAGCAGCUGACCCGCUGCACCAAGCCAUGCGGGCAGCUGGAGAUGAGUUCGAGACCCGCUUCCGGCGCACCUUCUCUGAUCUGGCGGCUCAGCUGCAUGUGACCCCAGGCUCAGCCCAACAACGCUUCACCCAGGUCUCCGAUGAACUUUUUCAAGGGGGCCCCAACUGGGGCCGCCUUGUAGCCUUCUUUGUCUUUGGGGCUGCACUGUGUGCUGAGAGUGUCAACAAGGAGAUGGAACCACUGGUGGGACAAGUGCAGGAGUGGAUGGUGGCCUACUUGGAGACGCGGCUGGCUGACUGGAUCCACAGCAGUGGGGGCUGGGCGGAGUUCACAGCUCUAUACGGGGACGGGGCCCUGGAGGAGGCGCGGCGUCUGCGGGAGGGGAACUGGGCAUCAGUGAGGACAGUGCUGACGGGGGCCGUGGCACUGGGGGCCCUGGUAACUGUAGGGGCCUUUUUUGCUAGCAAGUGAAAGUCCAGGGCCAGGUGGGGCUAGGUGUGGCUGGGGGCCAGGAGAGCAGGAACAGAACAGAGAAAUGCCCUUGGAAGAAAUGGAGUUGGUGGAUGGGUGGGCAUGGAACAGGAUGGGCAGGGGAAGGGUAGUGUGUGAGGGAGCUGAGUAGGCCAGGCAGGCGAUUGGAAGAGUGAGCAGGACACAUAGGGGAGGAGAAUGUUUUGGCAAGUUUAGGGGCGCAGGAGAUGGAGUCGUUCCAGGGCUGGGGGAGGUGGGAGGGAUCACGCCUAUAGGUGUGGGCACAUGAAACGACCUGGAACUUGGUUCGCAGCCCUGAGGAAGGUGGACUUACAUAAGCAGCUGUAUUCCAUUAGAUGAGUGGGAUUUAGGGAACGCAGAAGGCACAUCCCUUUGGAAUGGAAGCUUAGGGGUUCUCAGGUGAUAGGGAGAGGUGGCUGUAACAGUGGGCUGCUUGGACACGCGUGUGCAUGUGCACGCAUGCUGGUGUGCAUGCUGGGCUGCCUGGCAAAUCUGGUGGUGGUGGGAUUCCUCAAGGAGAAAACAUUCCCUCUUGCAAUGGCAAGAACUAGGGGCAGUUCUCUGUCCCUCCUCCCAACCCCUCCUUUCCCCUGCCCUUGUCCUGAUGCCUAAAGGCUUAGAGAGCAACAUUGUAUCCAGACCGAGGGCUCUGCUGCUUCUCUCCAGAAAGUAAUUGGCAAGGCUUUGGAGAGAAGAGCAGUUCUGCAGCUGGCCUUGUUCCUUCAUCAUCCCUCUUCCUUGUGCAUUAUGCACUUGCUGCUGCCUCCCGGGCUCUGAUAGAAGGGCAGGGCUGUUGAGCCUGGAUGGAUGGAGGCUUAGGUAGCUGGACCUGCCUGCCACCCUCCUCUCCCACUCAGGCACAAUGGUGCCUAAAGUGUUUCCAAUCUCUGGGACCUCUGUACCCAAACCGAAACUCUAAAUUGGGGCCCUAACUAAUUUUCCUUUUGAGGUUGUGGACAUAAGUGCUGAUCCAGAAUGCAGUCUGGGUCCCACACUGUGUCUCAGUGAGACUGCUGAUGCCUUGAGAGGACCAUUUCAGCUCUGAAUCCCAUGGGUGUGAGGGUGAUGGGUACUCCAGGACUGGCCUAUGCUGUGUUGUGGGUUUUGGUUCGGCUUUAUCAGGGGCCAGGCAUAUGAGUUCUACAGUACCUACCAUGACCUAGAAGCAUUUAUGAUUUAUUUGAAGCCACACUGUUUGCAUGGGUGUUACUUGUCUGUAUCUCAGAGUCUGAGGAUGUUAACUUUGGAACUCGCAGUCCUCUAGAACAGCUUCAGAUUAUGGCUUUUUCUUUUGAGGAAGAAAUUAUUCUCUCCAGAUGCAUGCCCUGAGCCAGACCUCACUGCUGCACUUUCCAAGGUGCUAAGAUUGCUGCUCUCCAAUGCUAACUUUCUGACACAGUGCUCUAGAACCCUGCCUGUGGUCCUGAGCACUGAUCAGCUUAGCUAGACCAUGGUUGACUCUUCUUGGAGAUUUUCACUUGGUCCUAGAAUGUGGCAAAGUAGUUGUGAUCGCCAGAACGUGGGACCAAAUUGGCCUCAGGUGUUGAGUCCAGACUUCUGCUUUUGUGAGAGGGCUGCACUUUUUAAUGGUAUUUCUAGGGGAGGUGGUAAGCUGCAUGUGCCACUUGGUCUUGUUGUGAGUAUGCUGACACCAGAAACUCAGAGCCAGCUUGUGGCAAGCAGUUGGGGUGGGGGGUCUCUGACUUGCUCAGGACAGACUAGGCCAGUGGUUUUCAAACUGCUUGGCAGAGCCCUGAAGUUUCCUAGGGGUUGCCUCAGGAGUCCUUGGGGAGAUGAAGGGGGUGGGGAGCUGAGCAGGCUGGGCAAUUUGCCCUCAAACAGAACAGCUCCCCUUGUAGUUGUCUCACCUAUCGGGGUUCAGGGUAAGAUUUUAUUUGCAUUAAGGGGUUUACUGCUGAAAAAAAGUUGGAAAACCACUGACUAGACCAUCGGCUCCAAAUUGGAGUCUGUGCUUCUUUCCUCAGGUUUGGAGCACACUCUUCACCCUACCCUCUACCACAGGACGCAUAUCCCUGUUAGCAUUCCCUGGGACCUUUAGCCAAGAGGAGCUGCAGGGACCAUGGCCAGGUUACCAAAAUGCCCUGCUCUGAAGCCUUCACACCUGGGUGGAAAGAGAGGCUGUUUUCUGAAAGGGUAAAGGGCUUGGUCUGGAUUCCCAGAAGCAUAGCUUAGAUGGGACCACAGUGGGCAAUUUUGACCUGUCCUGCCCUUCUUAGCUUGAAGGGAAACCCCAGAGACUCUUCUGUCAGGGAAAACUAGGGACUCUCUUCUAGAGCCAUAUAGUUCCUUGGGAUUAGCUCUUGGCCAAGAAGGCUGAGUAUGGCUCCCAAUUUUUAAAUCCAUUUCAUUUUUUAAAAAAUAAGGGAAAUAAAUAUAAUUGCCAUUUUUCAAAGAUUAAGUAGGAGGAGAGGGGUUUCUUGCUCUCCAGAGCCCAAAGGGACAAAUAGGGACUUUGCUUAGUUAGGCCAAGGAAGGAGCGGAAGUAGGGCAACUUGGUCCUGCGAUUAUUAAUCCCACUCCCCACUUAUUCUAGGGCACACAAACACUAUUUUACUUUUUUAAAAUCAUAAAACAGCAGAACAGAUUUGGUUAGUUUAGAAGAAAAGAAAGCUCUAUAAAUAUAAAUCUAUAUUCCUGUAUUUUUAUUUAAUAAUUUAUAAAUACCAAGUUCAUUUGACUUUUAUUUUUGUGUAAUAUGUAAUGGUCGUAUUAAAAAAAAUAAAUAAAGCCCAGAAGUUUAAUGAGAAGGA